AUGAAGAAGGCCGCCAUGUUGAAAAUGAGGAAGAAACGAGUCAUUCGGUGGUCGGAACAAGCCUCUUGCCUCAGAUGUAUCUGUGCUUUGAACGAGAGCUACAUCUUUGACAAGGCUGUUUCUUGCUACGAAAUUUUCGUCUGUGAAAAACCCGAAGACAAAUUGCGGAGUGAAGUGGAUUCCCCUUUUUCUGCCAAAAGUUUGGCAAGACUGAAAAUGAAGAACGCCAGCAGGGGAAAAAUAGGGUGGAAGCAAAACAAGGCAACCAAUUCGCCACGCGUGAUGUUUCCACCGACAUUCGGAUCAAGAAGCGGAAUUCCCGACGACGACGACGACGACGACGAUGACGACGAAGGAUCGACUCCCAAUCUGACACACCUUCUUUUUAUUAUGAACAAGUGCGGAAUGGAUGAUAACAGCAAAACGCGUCGUGAGUUGUUAGUGACAUCUAGGGGACUGCGCAAGACAACCGUGGCGUAUUUGACUGAGGCUGCACUAGAUGACGCUAGCUAUGCCAGCUUAGUUCUUGGGCUUCGGCGGAUCGGUGACGUAGGUGAGGUCGUUGAGGUAGUACCAGUUGGAGGCUUCUUCGCAGUUGACGUUGUAAGCCCAGUCGCAGACACGGUAUUGUUGGUUGAAGGCAGUUUCGUUGGCGCAAAUGUACGGGAUUCUGCGGCCAUCAGCGUCGCACAAAUGGAAGAUUUGGCAGUUGAACUCUUGACCGGAGUGGUUAAUCGUGUCACCGCUGACGACGACGUUGGUGAAGAGAGCUGGCAAUUAAACGUGACAGGGGUCAGGAGAGAGCUGAUGAUUUAUGUAUUCUCAAGACUUUAUUUUUUUGGGUCUUGUAAAAAGGAGAACUUGUCACUGGCUCUGUUCGUUCAGCCGGGGUCCCAGUGCACUACCUACACAAGGCCCCGCUACGAGUUCAGUUUCACAGCUGUAGUAGGAAGGAAGCGUAGAGAAGAACCUACUGGUUUUGAAAACAUGACGGGGAAGCGGAUUUCGAAAUCA